GCGUGACCCUGCACGAGUGACGAACUGCGCUCAGUGUUUCACGGUGUUGCGAGUUGGCUGUACGAAACGGGAUAAUCGGUGUAGUUGUAUGACUUGUAAUGAUUGUGAUUUUACUUACGUCGCAAACCGUAUUUAGUUUCGCAUGCCUUACUGCAGAUAGCUAACCGAGAGUGUUUCACGUAAAAACUUUCAUAAUGGUCUCCGAAGCGUUGAUAACUUCAUUGCCGCAUGAGGUAAUCGAGUACAUGCUGGAGCGUGAAAAUGUCAAGAUGACUGACAUCAUAAACCUCGCCUUGACUUGCAGACACUUGUAUAUAAUAAUUACAGGGAGCAACAAACUCUGGAGAGCGAAAUUUUUCCAAAGGUGGCCAGAUCUAAAAGAAAUUUACGAAACAACCGAGAGGACCAAACCACGAGUGUCGAAUUGGUUGGACGAGAUAAAGAAAUCUGUAAUGUACAGAAAGAGGUUGCAGCAUCAACUGUCUCUCAUGUCUGCCAAGUAUUAUAGAAAACAAGAGCUUUCUAAUUCCGAUUUGAUUGAAUUCGAUGCGCCAACGAAUUUGAAAAACGAAGGAUAUUUACUGGGAUGUCAUUUCCUAAUUGACGAGCUUAUUACCCUUAUCAAUUGUCCAACAAAAAGAAGCAACCUGACCCACAAGUACUAUGCUUACAAAGUCAUAAGAUACCUUCGACAGAAUUGCUUGAGAGAAGAGUGGCAGGCAUAUAUUAAUCUUCCGGCAAAAGACCAGAUUUUAGAACGAGGUGCCGUUUUAGUUGCUCAAUGGAGUCAGCCAGAGUUGCGAAUUUCUUACUCGUCCAUAUCUGCGACAUUGGAUAGGAUCGCUGAACAAGUCAAAGAAUAUCUGAGGGAGCAGAAUCCUUCGCAUCCAAUUUUUUCAACCUCCAAAGAACAAUUCGAAUUAUGGAAAUUGGCCAACAUUGAUGACAAUCAAUGGAGCGGUGUAAAUUCGAGACAAGUUAUCACCGCACUUUGUGAAGUCAUGUUCAAGCGGCUUUGUUUCCACGGAAAUAGCGAGAUGUUCUAUUCGUCAGAGAAUUCUUUUAUUAACAGGGUACUUGAAAAAAAACAUGGUAUUCCCAUUACAUUGGCAAUAGUGUUUGAAAGUAUAGCACGAAGGCUUGGAGUUCGGUGUGAGCCAGUCAGUUUUCCUGCGCACUUUUUGUUACGUUGGAAGGAGAAGUAUACCCUCCCAGAAUCGGAAGAAGAUGAAAGUUUUUACAUAGAUGUAUUUUAUGACGGGCAACUACUGACCAAAAACAGUUGUCCUAAAAUUAGCGGUACGUCACGAUGUCCCAUUCAACGGUAUAACAUUCACAAUGCCGCCACUGCCAUAGAGGUUAUCGGACGUAUGGCAAAUAACUUGGAAGUAGCUGGACGGCAACGCACUCAACUCAAUAACAGAGCAGCUCGUCUCCGUUCAGCCUUAGAGCUUUUACAUCUUGUACAGCCAUACGAUACAAGUACCAUAUUACAUCUUGCUCGCUUUUACAUGCUCCAUCAGAUGGAUCUAGCAGGUUUAGUCAACACGCUUAACACGAUACAACGGGAUCUCGAGAUUGGGUCAAGAGGACAGGCUAAUCAUAUUUUACAAAUGCUCCACGACUAUGAACGGCACAUGAAGGAUGUUCCUGAGGAACACAUAUUACCAAAAAAGAGAAGACCGGAAGUAUUGUAUGCCAUUGGACUGAUCAUGAAACACCGAACUUAUGAUUACUUGUGUGUAAUAACUGGAUGGGAUCCACAUUGCGCAGCUACGACGGAAUGGAUGACCGAGAUGGGCGUAGACGAACUUUGCGGUGGAUCAAAUCAGCCCUUCUAUAAUGUAUUUGCUGAGGAUGGGUCCUCACGUUAUGCUGCCCAAGAGAAUUUGAUGCUUGCCUGCCCACCGAAGUGGGUAAAUCAUUACGAGAUUGGAAGGUAUUUCUGUAGAUUUAAUGAAACCCAUUAUGUACCAAACGAGGAAAAAGCAAGGGAGUAUCCAGAGGACGAAGAAAUACGAGUUCGCAUAGUGGAAGCUAAUUAUAUUCAAUAAACUGGGAAGAAUCACACGGUAGAGAAUGUACUAAUAUAUAUGUACACUAUCUGACCAUUUUCCAAUUUGACUGUACGAGUUAUUCCCAUUCAUAGGUUAACGUAGGGAAGUUAAAUAAAUAAAUAACAUGUUACGAGCGUACUAAUGGCUGAAAAAUUUGACUGUGUGCGCUAUUUUAAUAACAGAGCCCAAGAAAUGCAACUCAGGAUGGUUACACCAAAUUGAAAAUUCCUUGUCAAACCUCCGGAACAAUCAAUAGGCAUUCGUUGGUUUAUUUAUUUAGCGAGCAGUUUAUCCUGGAUGUUCCAGUUUUGGAGUCCAAUCCCAGAGUUUUACGGACGUGAAUUUUAUUUCAUACUGUAAAUACAAUAUUCACAUCAUAUACUCAUACUCUGAACCAGGAUUGUCAAUUCGAAAUGACUGAGUCCAGGGCAGUGGCACUCAAGCACAAGUACACAGCCACCAAAGAGUCACUUUGCCCAUUGGAUGAAAGCAUAAUUAUUCUCAAUAGUGUUGAAGUUUCAUUCAAGACUCAUUGCCUGAAAGCUUAGAAUAACUUGAGUUAAAAAUCCAAACAAAACUAGAUUAAGCAUUCUGCAAGUAUUUUACACAAGUAUAUAAAUAAAUGCGACUAAUGUACUGAUACAAUAUUUGGUUUACUAAUAAAUAUAGACGAUGUAGCAUCCGAAGCUAGGCGUGCACUAGCGCCUAUAAAAACACUUGUAUUGCGUCAUAUGGCAAUUGUUUUUUACACAAUUUGUUUAGUUAGAUGCAAGUAGUAUGGUUAUUGUUAAUCAUCCACGUCAUUAUUAUUUAGCAUUAGAUUCUUUCACGUUUUGAUCAACGCUAUGAGACUAUUUGUUUAUUUGAUUGUCAAUCAUUUCGUUUCAUAUAAAUAGGGACAAUACAUCACAGUCAAAAAUAUAUUAAAGAUUAAGACUACAAAAUAUACGAACAAUGAUAAUGAACAAAAGUCAAAUAAUCAGUAAAAGUGUUGACCUUAGAAAGAGAUUAACUUCUGACAAGCAAUGAGGGUGAAAUUUCCCCCUAAAAAUCUUGUACUCUUGGAGCAGACUGUAAGGAUCGAAGCCCUUCAACGUUCAUUUUUAUUUGUUUAGUUCAACUUAAUUACUUUCGUAACACAAUCAUUUCAUGCAGAAUUGUUUGAUCUUUAAUUAAAAAAAAAAAAUAAAUAAAAAAUUUCACUAGCUUUAAUAGAAGCCGAUAUUUUUGAAAUGGAUUUUCCUCUGGGUAUAUUUACACUCAUUGCCACGAAAGGUAAACGGUUUUGAUUAUUAACAAGUUAUUAUAACGCGAAAACACUAUACUAUGCCUCUGAGAGGACAAACUUACACAUUAGGUAUUGAUCAAGAAACAUUGCUUUAAAACCACAGAUGUCAAACAUUAUAAUCUUGCCUAUAAACUUUAACAAAGUACAAUUUUUACAACGUAUACUCAAGGAACAACCCAGUUUUACGUGUAUAAGAAAAAAUAUGGUAAUUGACAACGCAAACAAAUGAUAAAAACUGUUGUAAAAUAUUCAUGUCAUCAGUGGUAUUAUGUAUUGUAAUAUACUUUUCUCUUCCUAGCUCCAGAAAUUGAUGUUUCAUUCGUAUUGGUCACCUUCAAUUGGCUAGUUUACUUGGAAUUAAAUUUUAAUUGCUAAUUGCAACGAUCGUGUUCAUCGUUGAUUACAAACAAUAGGGCAGAAAAAUAUUAAAAUGUUUCAUUUGUAAUGCUUUAUUCAAACCAUAUUUUAUUCAUUUGUAAAUAAAUAAUUUUUGCAAUAUUUAUGAAAUCUAA